UUGCAACCAGCCGGUUGUGCCGGGCUUAUAAUUUCUCAUCAUACUAACUUUAAACUCAGGGCAUUCUCAGUUGAUUCUUUUCAUUCGUUUUUGCCUACUGCAGUCACCUUCCAUAGCCUCAGAUACCCUUCCAUCCGAACCGCAGAAUUGAAAACCGUAGAUCCUUGGAGACUUGAUAUUAUUUGUGUGUGAGACCAACGUGUUCACUCGGUGUACAUACAACCAACAUGUCAAAUAUGGCACCUGAGUUAACAUUCACGACGCUCGAAGAAAUUGACGAGAUUUACACCACUCUCAACAAGACCUUCCGGUCAGGCAAAACCAAACCCAUUGCAUUCAGAAAGGUCCAGAUCCUGCAACUAGGUUACCUUCUGCAGGACAACAUUGAACGUUUCAGGGAGGCCUUGGCCGCCGACCUUGGGAGACCUCCGCUAGAAUCUUCAUUCCUCGAGCUUGACUCAACUAUAAGUGACUGUAAGAUCGCUUAUGACCGGGUGGACAAGUGGGCUCGAACCGAAAAGGCACCUUUCAAUAUCAAAUUUGCUGCUUUCCGUCCAGCUAUUCGCAAGGAACCAAAGGGAGUCGUGUUGUCCAUUAGCCCAUUCAACUACCCCGUAUGGCUUGCUCUCGGACCUAUCAUUGGAGCAAUUGCCGCCGGUAACUGUGUCGUUCUCAAACCGUCUGAACUGUCCCCCGCCAUAAGUGGCCUCAUCGCGGAACUAAUUCCAAAGUAUUUGGACAAUGAUGUCGUUCGAGUCGUGUUGGGUGCUGUCACGGAGACCAGCAAGCUCAUGGAAUACCAAUGGGGCCACGUUCUGUACACCGGGAGCGGGCGAGUAGCAAAGCUUAUAGGCGUAGCUGCUGCGAAGACUCUUUCCCCUAUUAGUCUCGAGCUCGGAGGGAAGUCCCCUGUUGUUAUCGACCCUAAAUGUGACUUCAAGAUUGCUGCACGCCGUAUCCUGUGGGGCAAGUGCGCUAAUGCGGGUCAGACCUGCGUCGCACCAGAUUAUGUUCUUGUCCCGCGCUCUUCAGAAGACGCGUUCGUAAAGGCCCUCAAAGAUGCACACGAUGAGUUCUAUCCUUCUGGUGCUACUACCACUCCGGAUAUCUCUCGUAUCAUCAAUCCUGCGCACUUCCAUCGUCUUAAGAAAUUGCUCGACAGCACUGCCGGCACCGUCGCCUUUGGCGGGCAAACCGACGAGUCACGAAAAUUUAUAGCCCCUACCGUGGUCAAGGGUAUCAAAGAUGAAGAUUCACUAAUGAGCGAAGAGCUAUUCGGGCCGAUCCUGCCUAUCAUGCCUGUGGAUGAUGUCGAUGCAGCAAUUGCAUACAUCAAUGCUCACGAUCAUCCGCUCGCUUUGUACUGUUUCUCGCCAGAUGCAGCCUUCAAAAACAAGGUGUUUGACAAUACUCAGAGUGGCUCAGCCAUUGCCAAUGAUGUGUUGAUACACUGCGCUACUGAUGGAUUGCCAUUCGGGGGUAUUGGCCCCAGCGGAUCCGGGUAUCACACACGAACUUUCUCCUUCGACAUGUUCACGCACCUACGUGCCUCUCUUGACUCGCCCGGAUGGAUUGACAAUAUUAUAGGAGGAAGGUUUCCCCCUUACAGCCCCGGGAAAUUAGCGUCACUCAAACGUUUCCGCGUAAAACUUCCGCCCCGUCCCAUUUCGGCAAAUGGCCAUUUGAUCGAACGGAGGCGCAACACCAAAUUGCUCUUCUUGUUGGUCAGUCUGGCAGUUGUCAGCGUUGGUUACACACGUACUGCAGAUGUUGGUGAGUGGGUGAGGUGGUUGAAGGGGUUGAUCAAGGUAUAGGCUUAUUUUCUAAUUUAUUCCUGCCUGUUUGUGUUUGGCAAGGGCUACUCAUCGCUAUGCACAUUUUUUCUCCCCUUUCUUCAUUUUGUAAUGGAUAGUUAUCAGGCGUCUCUUGCUAUUAAUCUCGUUCAUCUGAUAAGGUCCAUGAGGAUCAAAUUAACCAUCCGUUUUACUUGUUAAAGCAAGGUUACAGCUUGCCAGCCACUAUUUUGGAGACAGAUUCCUCAUACAUCCCUGUCCAAGCUUGCGGUAACCCUGGACCAUCUCUGCUGUAAAGAAAUCAAAGGUCUCGUCUUUCUCAGAUACACGCUUUCAAACGACU